CCAACCCAUAGAGCAAACACACGGGCGACAGCAGUAAGGAAAAACUCCCUCUGAUGAUAUUGAGGAAGAAACCUCAAGCAACCCAACACGGUGCAUGACUGCUGCGGCGAAGGUGUUCGUGAACCAAGACUUUGUUCGAAAAGUGAUGCAUUUUUUGUUCAAAAAAUAUGUUUGUGAACUGAUUUGUUUGUAAAGAGAGCCGUUCAGAAACCGAGGUUCCACUGUAUAAGGCUCUGACCAUCAGGCCCAUAUGUCAGAAGUUGUAGCUCAGGACACUGACAGCAGAGAUGUCCAACUUUCCCAGUUCUACAACAGAACAGUUUGCCAUGUUUAACAACAUAAACAGUGGGGGUUAAGGGACCUGCUAAAAGUAGAAAAUCUUAAUAAAGAAAUUCUUUUAGUCCCAUGUCAAUGGAGCACUGAAAGGAAGAAACGGUUAGAAAUGCAAAUGUAUUUUUAAAAAGUCUCACCGCAGCACAGUGAGUAGUAACCGGAAAGAGGCCAAGCAUACGACUCCAUCACGGAGAUCAACGAAAUAAUACAAUAUUUGGUUUUAUCGCUUCAGGUGAAAAUGCUGAAAACUUUUGUCAUACAUCCAGUUUGUUCUUUUGCAGCAAUUUGGUGCAAAAUGUCAUAAUAUAGAGUAUAUGUCAGUGUCUUGGUGUUUCUUCUUUUGGUAUCUCUCCCUUUAUCUUCACACCACUGAGGCUCUGCUGGACUCCACCUUCAUCUGAGUUCCUGGUGUGAAAAGUCAAAGGUCAAAGGUUAGACGUAGCGGCAGAGUGCCAGAAUGUCAACGUGUCUUCUGCUUGUCGUGGGAAUCACUGCAGCUGCUCUGGUUGCAGCUGAAGAAAACCAUGUGUGGACCACAUGGUUUAAUGUUGAUCACCCUGGAGGUCUGGGAGACUAUGAGCAGCUAGACGCCAUCCGAUUCUAUUACCGCACACGAGUGUGUGACGCACCGCGGGCACUUGAAGCCCGAACAACUGAAUGGAUCCCAGCUCGUGAUACUGGGGAGAAAGUCCACGCAGACCCCACUGUGGGCUUCUGGUGCCUCAACGACGAGCAAGGUCCCAAACGCAACUGCUCCAACUAUGCAGUCCGUUUCCUCUGUCCCAAAGAUAACAGUGUGAACAUUCAGGCGAUGUGGGGUCUAUGGUCAGAAUGGAGUGCAUGUCCAGCGCUGUGUGAUCAAGUGGGAGUGCAGAUUCGCUCUAGAACAUGUCAGUCCCGUUCUAUGACAUGCACUGGCCCUAAAGUAGAAGGUAAAGCAUGCAGCGGCCCUGCCUGCCCAAGAACAGAUUGCUCUCUUCAGUGUGUGAUGGGGAGGGUCAAUGCAGAAUGUGACAGAUGCACAUGUGAAGAACACAUCCUGCUGGGGGCAGUCCGUGGUGCCGGAGGCCUCGUGGCUGCCGGAGCGGUUAUCGUUCGCUCUGGACAACUUAUUACCCUCACUGACCACAAUGGACAUUUCCGAAUUCCCGGUUUCUGUCCUGAUGGCAACAAUUCCCUGACCAUCAGCCUGCAGGGCCAUGCCACUGUUAACAUUGUUGUCCCUCACACUGUGGAACAUACAUCUGUCGUGAGCAUCCAACUGAAAAGAGCAGAGAAACUUCAUGUGUUGAGUAGUCCUGAAAGCAAGGUCAGGAGGGAGGGACAGAGUGCUGCCUUCUGUUGCAAAGUGUCAGGAACGCCGCAGCCGGACAAGUACCAGUGGUUUUUUAACAACAGUCUCCUGGAGAAACAGUCUGAGAGUAACUUGGUCUUAAAAGAUCUGCACUUUGAGCAGGCAGGGGAGUACUACUGCAGAGCAAGUGGACCAUCUGGAGCUAUAAAGACAAAACCAGCCACUCUAAAAGUCAUUGGUAGAGACGAGCACUCAUGUAACUCCAAACCUGAAUCCCACCUUAUCCGUCUUCCGCAUGACUGCUACCAAAACAGCACUAACUCAUUCUAUUAUGAUGUGGGCAAAUGUCCAACAAUCACAUGUGCUGGACAGCUGGACAACGGCAUCAGGUGUAAGGACAGCAUGGAUUACUGCUGUGGCGUGACAAAGAUGCAGCAGAGGCAGUUGACCUGCCAAGGCUACCAACUACCGACAAUGGUGGUGACCGAGUGCGGCUGCCAGAAAUGCGUGGACACCAAGGCUAUUGUGCACGGUAGAGCCAUUGCUGCAGACAACGGUGAGCCGAUGAGGUUCGGCCAUAUCUUUAUGAAUGGCGUCAGAAUCAGCCGCACCGGCUACAAAGGUACUUUUUCCAUCCAGAUCCCUCCACAAACAGAAAGGCUCGUUCUGACAUUUGUGGACAACAUGCAGAAAUUUGUCAACACCACAAAGGUACUCCCAUUUAACACCAAAGGAGGUGCUGUUUACCAUGAGAUCAAACUUCUUAGGAAGAAAGAUCCUGUGACCAUCAAUGCCGCACAAACCAAUACUCUGAAGCUCGGAGCAGCAGACGAUCAGGAGCCAAUGGUUCAAAUAGAGAUUCCUCCCUUUUCCUUUUACACACAACACGGAGAGGUCUUCACCGGCAACGUAGAUGCUAGUGUGACUUUUCUUGACCCCCGAGAUAUUUCUACUGCUGCAGCAGCUCAAAGUGAUCUAAGCUUUGUGGGUAAUGAUGGAGAUACUCUACCACUGAGAACCUAUGGUAUGUUUUCACUUGACUUCAGAAGUGAGGAAACCAAUGAGCCCCUCAAUGCAGGUGAGGUGAAAGUGUUCCUGGAUUCCACCCAAGUAACGAUGCCUGAGCACCUAAAUACAAUGAAGCUGUGGUCAUUGAAUCCGGAAACUGGCCUAUGGGAGGAAGAGGGAAAUCUGCAAAUGGAAAAGAAAAGAAGAGGUAAGAGAGAGGAGAGAACCUUCCUGAUCGGCAACAUGGAGAUCAGAGAGAGACGUCUGUUUAACCUGGAUGUCCCGGAGAACCGUAGGUGUUAUGUCAAAGUUAGGGCCUUUCGUAGCGAUCGCUUCAUGCCCAGCGAGCAGGUGGAAGGAGUUGUAGUAAGUCUCAUAAAUAUGGAGCCCACUGCUGGCUACUCCACAAACCCCCGUGCCUGGGGCCGUUUUGACAGUGUCAUCACUGGCCCGAAUGGGGCGUGUCUUCCUGCCUUCUGCGAUGAAGAAAAAGCUGAUGCAUACUCUGCCUACAUCAUGGCCAACCUUGGAGGAGAAGAGCUAGAGGCUGUUUCAUCUACUCCCAAACGUAAUCCUGGCCUCAUUGGAGUUCCUCAGCCCUACCUGGGGAAAUUAAACUAUCGGAGGUCUGACCAUGAAGACCCCAAAGUGAAAAAGACAGCAAUUAGCAUCAAUGUGGCAAAACCAAGUCCCAACACAGCUGAAGAAGGCAAUGGACCCGUGUACGCUGUGGAGAACUUAAAAGAAUGUGAGGAGGCCCUCUUCAGUGCUGCGCACUUUCGAUUCUCAAGAGUAGAAGGAGAUCGCUAUGAUUAUAAUACAGUACCAUUCAAUGAAGAUGACCCGAUGAGCUGGACAGAGGACUACCUGAGUUGGUGGCCAAAGCCUAUGGAAUACCGGGCCUGCUAUAUCAAAGUCAAAAUCUCAGGCCCACAUGAGAUCAAUGUACGGUCCAGAAACAUGGGUGGCACCCAUCCUAAGACUGUGGGUCAGCUUUACGGUCUCCGUGACACUCGCAGCAUUCGUGACAUGGACCAGACCACUGUGUCAGCAGUCUGCGUAGAAUUUAAGUGCAGUGGAAUGUUGUAUGAUCAGGAUAGAGUGGAUCGCACCCUGGUAAAGGUGAUUCCACAGGGAAGCUGUAAGAGAGAUCACGUAAACGUGAUGCUCCAGGAGUACCUGACCAACCACCUGCCUCUAGCAGUUAAUAAUGACACCAGUGAGUUCACCAUGCUAGCACCCCUUGACCCUCUGGGCCAUAACUACGGAAUUUACACAGUAACGGACCAGGACCCACGCACAGCCAAAGAAAUUGCACUUGGACGCUGUUUUGAUGGGACUUCAGAUGGCACAUCUCGUGUCAUGAAGAGCAAUGAGGGUGUAGCGCUGACAUUCAUUUGUGGAGAUCGUGAAGUGACACAUCAGAGUGUCUUCCAAGCCGUGCAAAGCUCUCAAGGUCAGGUAGUAACAAGUGUGAUUAGAGGAGAAAGCAGGCAGAAUCGGCGUCAACGGGGAGGAGGAGCAAACACACUUCGCAGCAGCCAUAGACGUAGCACCAGAAACAGACGCCCACAAGUCACAAGCUAAACGGAUGGACAAUACUGAAGGUGAAGGUUCUAUAUUGGACCAACACCCAUAUAAUAUAAUAUAAUAUAAUAUAAUAUAAUGACCUGUUUAUACUAAACUACAGCACACUAUGCUUUUCCUAGACUUCGGUUUUAAAUUAAAUUAAGCUAUCUACUAAAACAUGCUUUGCUUUUACAGUUCCUAAACCAAGGAAUAUUUGCAUUUUUCAUCAUUUCCAUUUUGAACUACACUGUCAUAAAUUUUUACAUUU